AUGACCUUGCCCCACCCCUGCAAGCCACCUAAGGAGAUAUUAGGUCCGAGGACCAAAAUUGUGGACGAAAGAGGGCUUUCCAGAUCUCUAGCAACUGGCUGCAUUUUAAGAAGCUCUCCUCAUUCUUCCCCCAUUGACCUUUUUGGCAAUUAUCUUAAAAUGAAGAUCAUGAGUAAAAGGUGCCGGGCAGUGAAGCACUUGUGGGCAAGGAGGCCCCAGGUCCUUUGCACGCGCCCGGCCUGUGACUUUGUGCUGAGGAUUGCACAGCUACACGAGAACUGUCUGCUGCAGCUCGCCAGAGACAAUCGGAGCUUGGAGGCAGGAUGCCAAAGAAUGUGGGACAAUAUCACCUGUUGGCCCCCUGCCCAGGUUGGCGAGGCUGUGGAGAGGCCCUGUCCAUUCUUGCCUGCACUUUUCCCGGACAUCGGAGCCACAGUCAGCAGGAUCUGUACAAGCCAAGGUUGGGCCGAUCUCUCCCGCCCCUACAUCCUGGCCUGUGGAUACGUUAACAGCACAGCAUCCAACGAGGAAGAAUUCUAUCGGGCAGUGAAGACCAGUUACACGGUUGGGCACAGUUUGUCCCUCUUCUCCCUGACGGCUGCUAUGAUAAUCCUUUGUAUUUUCAGGAAGUUGCACUGUACACGAAAUUACAUCCACAUGCACUUAUUUCUAUCCUUCAUCCUGAGAGCCAUCGCUGUCUUUAUCAAGGACUUUGUCUUGUUUAAAUCUGGUGAAUCCGAUCAUUGCUUCACAGCCUCGGUUGGUUGUAAGGCUGCAAUGGUGUUCUUUCAAUACUGCAUCAUGGCAAAUUUCUUCUGGCUUCUAGUGGAAGGCCUCUACUUGCACACGUUGCUGGUUAUAUCAUUCUUCUCGGAGAAAAGGUACUUCUGGUGGUACAUACUAAUCGGCUGGGGGACUCCAAUGCUGUUUAUUGUCUCUUGGACCAUCACUAGAGUCCGCUAUGAAGACGUUGGAUGUUGGCACAGUAUCGACUCUCCGUACUGGUGGAUCAUUCGGGCCCCCAUCCUGAUAUCCAUUUUGGUAAACUUUAUUCUCUUCAUCGGCAUCAUUCGAAUUCUGGUUCAAAAACUCCAUGUUGAGCUGAACAAUUCCAGUCAGUACUCGCGGCUCGCAAAGUCGACUCUUCUGCUGAUUCCUCUGUUUGGAGUCAAUUACAUUGUGUUUGCAUUUUUCCCUGAUAACUUUAAAGUGAAAGUAAAGUUGGUUUUUGACCUCGUCUUUGGAUCUUUCCAGGGUUUCAUUGUAGCUGUGCUAUACUGUUUCCUGAAUGGAGAGGUUCAGUCUGAGCUGAAGAGGAAAUGGAAACGAUGGCACAUUGAGAGGUACGUGGGAGGAGACUUGAAGUACCAACAUGCUUCCGUGGGCAGCAAUGGGACCAACUGCACCACACAGAUCUCGAUGCUUACCAAGUGCAGUCCGAAGGCCAGAUUGUCAAGAUUUCAAGCUGAGUCUUGCAUUGCAUAGCAAGAAGCGCCUUACCUUGAGGGUUCAAGUUGAACAUUAAA